ACUUGCCAGACCAGUCCCACCUGUUCUCCUGAAACUACUUCUCUCUCUGCUCUAAGAGAUUAAGGUGGCAACAACCUGAGUUGGAAAAGGCGCUGUAGUGAGAAAGUUUCUGCAGCAGAUGCAUCUCAUAAGACAUGUCAUUCGCAACUCAGCACUCAGCAUGGAAGGAUUGUGACUGCUGCUCUGUGUGCUAGUCCUGUGCUCUCCCAUGAACUACAAUGUCUCACUCUCAAAGAAGUGUGACUAGUGAACGAAACCCACCGUCCCAAAGAUCAUACCAUGACAGACCAAGAAGAGAGCGGUAUGGCCCCAAUGGACAGCCUAAUGGAGAAAGGAGAGACCAAAGAUCACAUAACAGAUUGCCUUCUCGGGCACCAGUAAGAGGCCAACAUUCAAGACCACCCACCGUCAUAUCUGAACGUUAUUCAAGACACAGUAAAGCAUCAUCUUUACAGCAUAGUCCUCCUGCUCACAGGUCUAACCCAGAAAAGCAGACCUUCUCAGAAAAGUGCUCCAAUCUAUGUUCAAUACGAGGAGUCCUACAAUUUGUGGAAAUAACCGUGGGCAUCUUGGUGCUGAUCUGCGUGGUUGCCUCAUAUGCCGUUCUGAGUGGCUACACUUCUGCUGCUGGUUUCGGCUCAUUCAGCAUUGAUUCAGCAUACAGUCCCUUCGAAGGCACAGAAAUGCAGCAAGUGAGAGACGUGGACCUGCAGUACAGCCAGCUGAGAGCCCCAGGAGUGUAUGGAGGAGUUGCCUUCAGCUUGUCAUUUUGUGCCUUAACAUCAGUCUUCUUGAUUCUUGGAGCUAAACCCAUCCACAGGGUAUCUACUAAAUUACUUUUUGCGGAGCUGAUAUUUGAUGUUGUAGGUUGCUUGGGUUACAUUAUUGCAGUUGGUUUAUACCUGCACUUCAUCAAAACAGUCAACGCUACUGACACUUGUAAGACAAGGGAACGCCUGUAUGCAGGCCGUGGUUAUACCUGGAUGAACUGUGAAGUGCAAGGAGGGGACGCUGCUGUGGCUAUUUUCGGCCUUAUUGCUGCAUGUGUGUAUCUUCCAAGCGCCAUCUUGUGCGCACUGUAUAUCAGAACUGUGCGUGACUUCAGGAAGAACUAUCUGUCUCAUGAACCUGCAUCGUACAAUGACAACCAAGAGGGCUUGCACAAGUCCAGAGAGGAGCACCUUAACUUUCUUCCUAGUACCUUAGUAUAGAUAUAGAAGCUAUCCAUUGCCCAUAGCAACCAAAAGAGCUGUGAAAAAUGAAAGGUGGAAUCGGAUUUUUUUUAGUGCGGAUUUCAGCCUUGGCAAUGCAAAGGAUGAGGUCCGCGGCAAAACCACAUCAAAUCUACACCAAAAUCCGCAGAAUACAUAAGCAGAUUUUGCUGCGGAUUUGAUACAGAAAAGCAGUGAUAUCUGCAUGGAAAUCCGUGGAGAAUUUAUUUUUGUAAAUAUGCAUCCGUGUGCAGGUACUCUUAUUAUCCUCUACAUUACGUUGCACAUUGGCAUCGCGCACACUAUUAUAUUUGCCUACUUCUUGCAAGAUUGUUUGCUCAUAUCUUUUACUGGAAUAUUUUUAAAAAAGUCAGCAAUAUAAUAAAUCUAUAGCAAAAAUAAAGCACUGAAACAAUAGCAAUAACCAGAAGAAGAAACAUGUGAAUUACAAAUGCUUUCUAUAUGGCAACUGAUCUGAUAUUACUUUCUAAUAAAAAUAUAUUCAAAAUG